AUGCCAUAUAGACGAGAACCAAGAUUCUGCUUGGUAGCGCCUCAGCUUCGCCAACAGUUUUUUUGGUAUACCUCUGCUUGUGGAGAUAAGGGCCACACUUUAAGUGAUUUACUAUUUGAUGCUCCUACAUAUGAUCUCGUUGCUCAAUUUGCCAGGCCCAUCUUCCCAUCCUCGCUAGUGGAAGCCGCCGCCCAAAGUUUUCAACCCGUUGUUCAGGGAAGAACGAGCACUCCACAACAACGGCGAAGAGAGUCAGUCACCGCAUUCGUGCCAUCUACUUCUCAUACAUCUCUGCAAACCAGAGCUACUCAGGCCGACCUAGCGGGACUGCCCGUUGAGAUACACUAUAUUAUUUUUGACUCAUUGUCUGCGCAGGAGUUAUUUACUCUGGGAAUUACCUGUCGUCGUCUCUGGGAAGUAAUGAUUCCUGUACUCGUACGGCGACUCAUGGCGACCUUGGGCACUUGGGCUGGAACACCUGUCAUCUGCACCAGUGACUUAGAUACGGUUGGCGGAGAUAAUCCUUACCCCCCAACACUACUAUGGCCUGAAGAUCUUGAUGAAUUAGACGAGGGGCUGGACCCAGAAGAAAUGCCUCGCGAUAUGGAAGAUUGUUAUGCCUGGUCUCCCGUCAACCUCUUUGAACUAGCUGGCGCCAGAUAUGAUGACCCCCAGCAUCUCAAUCCUGGCUAUAUCUUGUGCCUCCUCCCCAACAUUCCUGUAAAAGACACUUUCGAACCAGGCGCCCUUCAAGUACGUACAUUUCUGAUUCCAAGUACAUUUUAUCCCACAGACCAGGAAUGGGUACUUCGAAACCUGACCACUCGUGAGUUCGUUCGUCCUGCCGCAGUUGCGCUAGAUAAAGCUUACAUCCAUGGUCCAUUCAUCGACUUAAUUGGUUUUGGGGAGGUUAUUCUCUCCAGGACGAUUUGGUAUGAUGAGCUUCCAUCGGAUAUUCGCCAUGAUUCCUGGGCAGGGCAUUGUCUAGACAUUGUUCCUAUUACAGAUCUAGAUGAGGGGGACCAAUGGAAGGACAUUGGUGAUCAAGUUGCCCAGGAUAUAGAGAGAAUUGGGAAAGAUGAACUCGGGGACAAUUGGAGAACUAAUAUCCAAGAGAAAGCGAGACUUCCAAACGAGCUGGGGUCCCGCAAACGUCCGCGAUGGAUGCCCUGA